AGGAGAUGAUUACAAGAUCAAGGUGUGGAAUUACAAGUUGCAUAGGUGUUUGUUUACCCUUCUUGGACAUCUAGACUACAUUCGUACGGUUCAAUUUCACCAUGAGUACCUUGGAUUGUUAGUGCGAGUGAUGAUCAGACUAUCAGGAUAUGGAAUUGGCAGUCUCGUACUUGUAUUUCUGUGUUGACUGGACACAACCAUUAUGUGAUGUGUGCCUUGUUCCAUCACAAAGACGACCUGGUUGUUUCUGCUUCCUUGGAUCAAACUGUUCGUGUUUGGGAUAUUGGUGCUCUGAGGAAGAAAACAGUAUCCCCUGCUGAUGACUUCCUUCAGUUGAGUCAGAUGAACACGGAUUUCUUUGGUGGAGUUGACGCCAUUGUUAAGUAUGUCUUAGAGGGCCAUGACCGAGGAGUCAACUGGGCCUCAUUUCAUCCCACUCUUCCUCUAAUUGUUUCUGGAGCAGACGAUCGCCAACUGAAAGUAUGGCGAAUGAAUGAUACAAAAGCUUGGGAAGUAGACACCUUGAGAGGGCACAUGAACAAUGUUUCAUGUGUUUUUUUUCAUCCAAGGCAGGAUCUAAUCAUGUCUAAUUCAGAAGAUAAAAGUAUUCGUGUGUGGGAUGCUACAAAAAGGACUGGCCUUCAAACUUUUUGUAGGGAGCAUGAUAGGUUUUGGAUUCUUACGGCUCAUCCUGAGCUGAACCUUCUGGCAGCUGGUCAUGAUAGUGGCAUGAUAGUUUUCAAGUUGCAGAGAGAGUGUCCUGCUUUCUCUGUGAGUGGUGAUUCUGUUUAUUAUGUGAAAGACCGUUUUCUGCGCUUCUAUGAGUACUCAAGUCAGAAAGACACUCAAGUAAUACCAAUCCGUAGGCCUGGUUCCAAUAGCUUGAAUCAAAGCCCUAGAACUCUUUCUUAUAGCCCUACUGAGAAUGCUGUUUUGAUCUGUUUGGAUGGAGAUGGAGGAUAUUAUGAACUUCAUAUUGUUCCUAAAGACAGUUUUGGUAGAGUUGACACUGUUCAAGAGGCCAAAAGAGGUCCUGGAGGAUCAGCAAUUUUCGUGGCUCGAAAUAGGUUUGCUGUGCUUGAGAAGAGCAGCAACCAAAUUUUAGUCAAGAACCUUAAAAAUGAGAUUGUCAAGAAGAGCUCACUCCCUGUUGUUGCCGAUGAAAUAUUCUAUGCUGGUACUGGAAAUUUGCUAUGCAAGGACAGAGGACAAAGUAGUCAUUUUUGAACUCCAACAGAGGAUUGUCC